CAAGACCGCUGGGUUCUCAGACCUCCGGCACCACUAACGGCCCCUCGGCUCACCAGCUAACGGCGACGCUCCCCACCAUGAUCCUGAACCUGCUUGUACCCGUCCUCCUGGUCCUCCUGGUCCUCCUCGCUGGCGUGGAAUCACAGACAGCCAACAUGACCGAGGAAGAGUGCAGCCAAGUUAAGAGGAACCAAACGUCCUCGCAGUCUGCCCCCAAAAACAGUACGAUGACACCAGGCAACAUGACAUCGAGUUGGUACGAAAACAAGACUAGUGUGAUCGAGGGCGAACUGCACGGCAACCAAACAUCCGCCCUUGUUACGGAGGAGGACGAGAGUUUUCAGGAGCAGGAAAAUGCAAUUACCGGCAGAGAUUGCCAAGAGAAAGAUCUGGAGGAGUUUAGUCCCAGCAUAUGUGGCGCAGAUUUUCACAAAGAAAUGGCGAUAGUCGGCCCGAGAAAAUGGUGUGAGAUGGAAAAUAUCAUCAGGCCAUACAACGAUAUGUCGCUCUGCUUGGAGGCACUGUCACAUCACGUUGGCUGUUACAGCCCUAACCCCAUCACCCAUGCCUUCUUCCUCUCCAUUCACUCUCUCUACUUCCACAACUGCUCUGAGGAGGAUCCUCAGUUCGUGGACGCCCCUCACGGACUGGUGGUCGCCCUGACCCUCGUCCCCGUGAGCCUCAUCCCCGUACUGGUUUAUCUGGUGGUUUGGAAAAGUGGUGUCUGAGAGCGAGCUGUGUUGGAGUCUCAUGCUCCAUUUGUUUAACAAUCCAGUCUGGUGAGGGAUUUAAGUUUAAGUUGAACAGUAAUUAAGCACGCACGUUCAACAUCGAUCAGAUGUAGUAUCGUUUUCAGCCACGAGGGGAUGCCAUUGGCUCUAUCUAGAUAGAUGGAUAGUUAAAUGGACUAUACUGAAUUCCUUGUGAGAGUGACACCAAUGCGAUUGUUAACCUUGUAUUGACAACUAUUCCGUAUAUUGCAAUAAAUGUUAUUGAACAAAAAUAA